AUGCCUUCAUUUUCUGAACACGAUUUGGUCUACGAAGACGGCAGCAAAACGCUGCACUACCUCUCCGCCGGCCCCGACAAUGGAGAUCUUAUGAUUUUUAUGCACGGUUGGCCUGGUAUUGGCAAGACGUGGCACGACCAGCUCACCGAGUUCUCAAAGAGAGGUUUCAAAGUUGUUGCUCCUGAUAUGCCCGGUUACGGUGGAUCAACCGCCCGCAAAGUCGCUACCGACUAUGCCCAAGAAGAAAUCACCAAAGCCAUGUUGGCUCUCUUGAAGCACCUCGGACACAACCAAGCCAUUUGGGUAGCUCACGACUGGGGAUGCGGUACUCUCUGGACUCUGGCAAGAACUCACCCUGAGGUCUUUAAGGGAGCUUGUGGAAUGACCGUUCCAUACGGUGUUCUCGAACUUGGCCUGGAAGAGGCCCUCAAACAUGUCGAUCGUAAUGUUUACCCCGAAGAUCAAUACAAAUACGGUCAAUGGAGUUAUCAAGCCUACUACGAGCAGAACUUCGAGAAGGCUACUGAGUGGUUCGACAAAGACCCUCGUGGUUUCUUGAGAGCUGCCUUCACGAAGGGUAACCCUGCAGCCGUUGGAAAGCCCGCACCCAUGUCAAGGGCAGUCGAGGACGGAGGCUGGAUGGGUGGUAUUGAGAGGCCCAUACCCGCGAGCGCAAUCCCUGACGAGUACGCUUGCAUCGACAAGGAGACGUUCGAGGAGCUCGUAGCCGCAAUGGAGAAGACAGGUUUCUGGCCUGGUGAUGCCUGGUACAUCAACCACAAGGCCAACCGUGCCUACAAUCUCAAAAACACAAAGAAUGAUGCUCGCCUCAAAUUCCCGGUCUUGUUCAUCGAGGCCACAUACGACACAGUUUGCGAGACUGUCAACUCCACUCUAGCAAACCCGAUGAAGGAGCUCUGCGAGGACUUGACAUAUGUGAGCAUUGCUGCAGGUCACUUUGUGCCUGUCGAGAAGCACGAGGAAGUCAACCAAGCGAUGGCAGAAUGGCUCGAAGCCAAGGUACGUGGAUGA